CACGUUACGUCACGAAACGUCGAACCCAACCAACAGCCUGGCAACUUGUUCGCUGUUCCCAAAGCAACCAAAGCGAGAGGAAACGGUGAUUUUAAAGACAUCCGGACAUUGUGCGGACAUCAGAGCGGACAGGACUUAGAGGGACAGUCUGGAGUUUAUCUGCUGGAGGCGACGAGCCGCUAAACGAGAGCAAAGUGACGUUAAACAGGAGGAGAAGAAGAAGAAUCAACAGGAGGUUGAGCUGGGCGGACAUGGCGGCCGGCGGUAGAGAUAUCUAGAUAAAACCCAGGAACCGGAGAUAAGGGGACCUUUCUGUGUUUUACUCCUCCAUGGCCUCCCCGGGCUGCUCCUCCUCCUGCUCCCCGGGCCUGUGAUCUCCCCAUGGCCUCCUCUCCGGCCCGGCUGGGCCAGCAGGCCGUGGCGCUGCUGGACGUGUCUCUGCGGGUUCCCUCCGUCUUCAUCAUCGACGCCAUCUUUAACUCGGAGCCUGGUUCUGGUUCGGGGUGGGCCGGGGCCACGGGAGGGGUGCUGCUCCGGGUCACGGGCGUCCUCAUCUCCAGCAUGGUGCUGCUGCUCUCCCAGAAGGCCUUGUUCAAGUUCUACACCCUGUUCUUCGCCGUCCUGCUGGGCGUGGCGGCGGUCCUCAUCAACUACUACGCCACCUCCCACAUAGACUUCUACAGCGCCUACUACAAGGCGGCGCUGGGCUUCAGGCUGCUGCCCCGGAACGGCCCCACGCUGUGGCUGGGCAUGGCCGCCGUGCAGCUGCUCUUCGGCGUGGGCUACGUCUUCCUGCUCAACCUACAGUCGGUGUUCGCCGCGCUGGUGGUCCUGGACAUCAUGAUCCCUCUGUGGGGGCUGAUGAUCGAGCUGCCGGCCGAUGUCCGGCAGCUGGUGGCCGUGUUCUCGGGCCUGGCGCUGGCGCUCAACACGGCCGUGUGCCUGGCCGUGAGGCUGAAAUGGUUCUACUACUCGUGCCGCUACGUCUACCUGCUGGUGCGCCACAUGUACCGGAUCUACGGGCUGCAGCUGCUGCUGGAGGACACCUGGAAGAGGAUCCGGUUCCCCGACGUGCUGCGGGUGUUCUGGCUGACACGCGUCACAGCCCAGGCAUUGAUUCUGGUGUAUGUGGUGCGGGCGGUGAGGAGGGAGAGUGGGGACGCCACCGGUGGCGCCGCAGACGGGAGCUCCGACUCACAGGGUUACCUGCUGAGCUGGGACGUGUUCUGGGAUCUGACCAGUAACCUGAUCAUCUCCGGCUGUGAUUCUACGCUCACCGUGCUGGGGAUGAGCGCUGUUAUCUCCUCCGUGGCACAUUACCUCGGCCUCAGCAUCCUGGCCUUCAUUGGUUCAACAGAGGAGGAGGACAAACGUUUAGGCUUUGUGGCUCCUGUUCUGUUCUUCAUCCUGGCUCUGCAGACCGGCCUCAGCAGCCUGGACCCUGAGGAACGCCUGGUCCGUCUGAGCCGGAACAUGUGCCUUCUGCUGACGGCUAUCCUGCACUUCAUCCACGGCAUGACCGACCCUGUCCUGAUGUCCCUCAGCGCCUCCCACGUCUCCUCUUUCCGCCGACAUUUCCCUGUCCUCCUGGUGUCCCUGGCGCUCUUUGUGCUCCCCGUGGCGCUCAGCUACGCCCUCUGGCACCACUACGCCCUCAACACGUGGCUCUUCGCCGUCACCGCCUUCUGCGUGGAGCUCUGCCUCAAGGUGGUCGUGUCUCUGACGGUCUAUGGCCUCUUCAUGGUGGACGGCUUCUCCAACGUGCUGUGGGAGAAGCUGGACGACUACGUCUACUACGUGCGCUCCACGGGGAACAUCAUCGAGUUCCUGUUCGGCGUCAUCAUGUUCGGGAACGGCGCCUACACAAUGAUGUUCGAGUCGGGCAGCAAGAUCCGCGCCUGCAUGAUGUGCCUGCACGCCUACUUCAACAUCUACCUGCAGGCCAAGAACGGCUGGAAGACCUUCAUCAACCGCCGCACCGCUGUCAAGAAGAUCAACUCUCUGCCGGAGAUGCGCGGCGACCAGCUGCGAGACAUCGAGGACGUGUGCGCCAUCUGCUACCAGGAGUUCGCCACCUCGGCGCGCAUCACGCCGUGCCACCACUACUUCCACGCGCUGUGCCUGAGGAAGUGGCUCUACAUCCAGGACACGUGUCCCAUGUGCCACCAGAGGGUUUACGUCGAGGAUGAGAGCCGGGACAGAGCCGCCUUUUCUAACAACAACGGGGGCUACGCGGCGCCGCAGGACGUCGCUGCCGCAGCCCCGCCCGCACCGGGCGACGACCCACAUGGACAGCCGGACGCCGAGCUGCCGGCGGAGGGAGCGGUAGCGGCCGGCGGCGGCGUCCAGGCAGCGGGAGGAGGGACGGGGGAGCUGGACAACGAGCUGCUGGAGGACAACGACAGCAUAGAGUACGACGAAGACGAGUGGGGGACUCAAAACGGCAACACGCCGAUAGAAGAAGACUAUAUCAACGAUGACACAGACUCCACCGAGGACUGACAGGAAGAGAUCUAUAGAAAACAAAUAUAUACAUAUAUCUUUAUUAUAUUUAAGUUAAAAAAAUAAUUAUAAAACACAACAGCAUCUUAAUUUGUUCUUGAAAAAUGUCAGGGAUGUCAUUCUCUUUUUUCUUGAUAGUUUCUUUUCGUUUGAUUUUUUGAGUUUGGGUUUUACUCUAUAAGGGCUCGUGGAAAGAGUAACUGCUGCUCUCAUUCUGUGUGUGUGUCCGACUGUGCGUGUGUGUCGACUGUGCGUGUGUCGACUGUGCGUGUGUCGACUGUGCGUGUGUCGACUGUGCGUGUGUGUCGACUGUGUGUGUGUCGACUGUGUGUGUGUGUGUGCGCGCUGGGGCUGCAUGACGUAGACCAAAAACUCAUACUGUUAUUUUUAUUAUGUUUGCGAUGAUCCCAAAUUUAUUGGAGAUCCCGCAAAAACAAAUCUCGCCGUGUUGUCUCUCCAUGUUUAAUUUCCCAAAGCCUCAAAGCCGACACACACACACAAAUCUGUAAGUGAUUUAUCUGAUUUUGUGCAGCGUAUAUCUUCCAGAUUCUGCAUAGCACAAGUCUACCACGUUGAGAUUAACGUGGAACUAUUUUUUUCUUGGAGAAAGUAAAAAAGAAGCAACACUUUCACAACUUUGUUUUGGUUUUGUCACUUAUGUUGCCCCGAUGUGUAUUUGUGUGUGUGUGUGUGUGUGUGUGUGUGUGUGUGCCUGCCGACUUGUAAUGUGCUUAGACGAUGUCUUAAAGAUGCAGUUCAUGUUCCCUAGCAGUAAAUUAUCGGGGAAAUGCUGGAGUGUGUUAAUGACACAUGACAUGUGUACGGGCUGAAAUAUGUGCCACCAGAAACUGGAUUUGAAUUAUUUAUAUUUGAAUUUGAAUCGCUUAACUUGAAUAGUUGCAUUAAAAAAAAUAUGAAUUUCACAUCAUUUGAAUUUGUAUUGUUCAAUGCGAAUCAUUGCAUUGAAAAACAAACAAAAAUUGUAAUUUGAAAUUUAAAUGUAUUAGUUUGGAACUGAACAUUCAGUUCUCACAAUUAAAAUUCAGUAAGCGAAAUUCAAUUUCAAUUUUCUGCGACGAAGAUGCACAUAGCGCCUCUUCGGACAAUCAGUACCUCCGUUUUUUUAAGUAACAUUUGUUCCUACCCGGUUGCCAUAGCGCCUCUUCGGCCAAUCAACGGUCAAGUCAGUCUAACUUCUUCCGGGUGGCAACCGGGUGGCAACAAAUGUUCCAAAAGAAAACGGGGGUGCUGAUUGGCCGAAGAGGCGCUAUGGCAACCGGGUGGCAACAGAUGUUACAAAAGAGAACGGAGGUGCUGAUUGGCCGAAGAGCUGCUAUGGCAACCGGGUGGCAACAAAUGUUACAAAAGAAAACAGAGGUGCUCAAUAUCAAAUUACAAUUCAGAUUCAGUUUUUCAAUGCAACAAUUCAAACUGAACAAUACAAAUUCAAAUUAUGCGAUUCAAAUUCAGUUUUUUAAUGCAAUUAUUCAAGUUGAGCGAUUCAAAUUCAAAUAUAAAUAAUUCAAAUUCAGCUUCUGAUGGCACAUAUUUCAGCCCGUAGAUGUGGAGAGCAACUAAAGGAAUUCAAGCUUUUAAUCUUCAAGUCGGGAUUAGAGGAGUUUGAGAGUUGAGUGUUUUUUUGCACAAAAUCACAUUUUUGUUUGUUUCUGUUGGAGAACUGCUGUCGUUACUGUCUCUAGCUGUUUUUAUUUUUCCAAUAAGUACUGUUAAACACUCUCGCUUCGUUGCCAUGUGUCAGUGGCAGAGACAGUCGCUUGCUCUCAAAUUAUUAUUUGUCUCUCAAGUCCCGACUUGCAGCCGAAGUUUGCGGUUCGAACAGAGUAUUUGUGAACGUGUCCGGAGAGAGAAUGAAGGCAGGAGAGUGAAGCAGUUUUCUAUCAACUCUGCGCCAACCAGAGAAAUUAGAGAGGUGUGUCUGAUUUAAAAAGAAGUGACUUGCUACUGUAAUCACUGAUAUACCUCUUACCAUUACUUACUACUGGUCUCUUGUGCGACCUCGCUUACAUUUGUGUACGUUAUUGUACAUAUAAUAAAACAAACACGUGCACAUUGUCUCCUUUUUAGAAUCAGAGAAGGGUUUCUUUUCUGUUUUUUUUGUUUUUCUCCAUUUAAUAAUGCAAAUUUCCACAUUUUCUCUUUUUGCAUAAAUCAGUUUUUAGUUCAGUUAAAUUCUAAUUUCAAAACCCAGAAAUUGUUGUUUGUAAUACGAAUGCUGGUAUUCCAAAAAAAAAAAAAAAAUGGGAUUGUUGGGUGAAAUGAUUAUUUCUCAGUAAAUGUCAGAAAUCUACAGAAUGAAAAGGUGCCACUUACUUUGUUAAUUAUCUACUUUUAAGUAUUUGAAAAACAAAAAGUACCAUUUAUUUGUUUUGUGUGUCAGUUCUUCGUCAUGUUGCAGAUGUCAUAUCAUUCUGAAAAUGCACCUUUUUGUUUUUUAAUUGCUGGUACGGACGGAAAGCUUUUAUGUACGGGCUGAAAUAUGUGCCACCAGAAACUGAAUUUGAAUUAUUUAUAUGUGAAUUUGAAUUGCUUAACUUGAAUAAUUGCAUUAAAAAACUCAAUUUGAAUCACAUAA